AUGGCCAAUGUACAUCGUCACGAUCACGGUCUACCGUUUUCAGAUGACUGGACAACAGGAAACGAGAGUCAGCAGCUGAUCAGAUUCAAAAAUUCGUGGGAGUCGUUCAUCGAUUCUCUCCUCCGAGAAUGGAAGACGCUCAACCUCGUCUCCGCACUGUUACUGUCAGCCACCCUGUCUAUGUUCACGAACCAAGAAAUCGCCUGCAACCCCGCCAUACGCUCCAUGGCACUGCUCUCGCUUACCUUCGCACUCAUGUCCCUCUCAUACGGGUGCAUAUACAUCGUCCAAUUUUCGACCAUGAAAAGCAUGUAUAAGGCCACAAGGUGGGCGCAAGAAGUGCAGGGAACAAGUACAAAUAUACUUUGGAACGUCUGGAUAAUGCUGGCAUUGCCUGGGGUGUGGUUGGCUUGGUCCAUGAUCCUUUUUAUUGCCUCUAUCCUCGUGUUCGUAUGGCGCUCCGGAUCCACAACCGAUCCAUCUACUCCUUCCUCACUCCCCCCAACCGAAGCGUACACUACUAAGACGUUUGUUUCAUUCUUUUUCUUCGUGGGCGGCAUCUAUUUUAGCGCCAUCGUGAACACAUUACACGGAUAUGGGAGGGUAAAGGGGGGGGAAGCGGUGGCAGAGGCGGCAGCGAGGGAAAUGAGAGAUCCCAUAAGAGAAAGAAGAGAAAGCAGAGAUGCAGACCGUGAGAUGGAGAUGGGGGCAACAGGCAUAAAGGAGAAAGGGCAUGAGAGAGCACUCGAACAAGACCAGAAGCACAUCCCACGUGAAGACGACGGACACAAAAGCGAACUGUCGUCAGCUGUCGAUGACAGUCACCACGGUUCAUCUUCGUUGGAUGUCCUGCCAGGUCUUUCGUUGGGUGGGUUAGGUGGGAUGAGUCCCUGUAUGUCGGAUGAGCAGGAAUUGGAGCACACACGGGAUGUGGUUCAUGAUGUAGUGUAUGAGGGAAGGAGCCCGGGCAGUGUCAAGGGGAAAAGUCGUGAUGGUGCUGUGGGUGCAUAA